GACAAAUGCAAAGUUCGAGUUUUGAAUAGAAUACUUAAAAUAUUCGUUAAAAAUUUUAUUAUUAAAUUAAAUAUCAUUUACAACUUUAACUGUUGCGACACAACAAAUUGAUAACCAACUAUAAAGGCAAUCAACAAAGGGAUGGCGCCUAAAGGGAACAAGAAGAAAAAUGCAUUUUUCUAUUUCAUGCAGGAGAUUAAACAGAAAAGUGGUUUUAAUAAUCUGGAGGCGCAGGAAGUUGCAGGGGAAAAAUGGACCAGAAUGACACGCGACGAAAGACGCCCUUACGAAAUAAUGGCCAGCGAACGCAGAAACAAUCCCCAGAUAAAAAAGUACACCUCAGAUGGUAUGGACAUUGAACAAAUUGAGAAAGAAGAGCAGGAAGAAUUAGUUGCUAUAAGUGCCAUGCAGCAACACAUUCAUAACGAGAUGGUCGCCUUAUACAAGGCAAAAGUCAUUCAUGAAAAAAACUUCUUUGUGAUUCACAUAAACAAUUUUUGUUAUCGCCAAACGGUGGAUAAAUAUUACCCAGCCGAAAUUGCACUACUGAAGUUUAAUUUGAGAGAUGGUGUGCAGGAAAAAAACAUUUUUCAUAGCAUGGUCCAUCCAGGUCAAUUACCGCUGGGUUUUACAGCGAGUGCGAGACUACAUUCUCAGAACACUCACAGAAUUAAGCCACCACCUUCUUAUGCUUCCCCAAGUUGUAUCAAUAAUAUGGAACAGGUCUUUAACGAGCUUUGCAAAUUUGUUAAAGAUCAUGUUGAUAAAGAUGAGCCCUCUCCCAUAGUAUAUGUAAAAGAAAAGUAUAUGAAGCAAACCAAAAAUAUAUUGGAUAUGUGGGAGAAUGAUUAUAAUAACAAUUGCUACUCCGGAGUUUAUAAUCUGCAGUUUAUGUUCAAUGAAUUGAGAAGCACCAUCGAGCAGUCAGACAUUGCUAUGUCUAAUUCGUUCGGAUUCGGCGAGAUUAGUAGGGACAUUUACUCUCACGUCCCUGACAUCGGUUGCGAAUUUCAUGAAUCUCUCGGAUAUCAGCUUCACUGCAGCAAAUCGAUAGUCACCAGACAAGCAUACAUAAUUUGCGAAAAUUGUUGUCCAGUUUUAAAUUUGAAAGUAAUUCCUGGAAGACACGUACCUAAAAUGACUCGGCAGAGUCUUAAUGAGGGAACUUCCAGUCGAAUGGAUGAUACUUUUGGCCAGUCCUCCUCCAAAAACUGAGGAAUGAAGUGCAGCGGAAAUCUAAAUUUAUUGUUGUUUCACCAGGUGUUGUUUUAACUGUAAAAGAAAUUCCGUCCUUGGGACACUCGGUGUUGAAAAUAAUUCCCCCAAACUUUGGCAUGACGUGUUUCCCCAAUAGUUGUGGCAAAUUGUGAAAUAACCUUUCUGUCUACCCCGAUUUUUGUCAAACGUAAUUUAUAUUUUUUCUGUGAUGGUUUUACAAUGGGAUUUAUAUAACAAACUUCACCUUGACACCUGACAAUUGUAAUAAAAUAAAAUUGUAGUUACCUUAAAUGUUGCACUUCAUAUUUAAUUAAUGUUAAAUGCUCCAAUUUUAAAAUUUUGUCCCUUUUUUAGCAGCAGCUCCCGACGUAAAUCAGUUUUACCAUUCUAUACAUGUAAAACAAAAUGUUUUAUGAAAAUGUUCUGUGGCUGGAACUCGUUCCAAGUUCUUUUUAAGGAUGUACCAGAUAUAUGUAACAAAUGAGUGUUAAAUUCUGUGUUUUUGUCGUGCAUAUAUUAAAGGUUAUGUCAAAUA